AUGAAUUCGACGCCGAACGCCGCAGCCGCACGUUUCUUCGGCCGAAGGCCGCCGUGGCGAAAAAGGACUGACUUAGACGCGCAGUCUACCUUCAUCAUCUCUGGCGGAAUGAGAUAUGCAGGAGAUGCAUCGCUGGCACGGAACACCUCCCCCACUACCUCCACCACCAUCUCCAACUCAAGAUCAAGAGGUUCCAAUGGAUCGACCAGAUGCACACCAAAUCAUAUCAAGAGCAUUACAUUACUA